AUGGAAUAUAACCGCUUUUCAGGAUAUGAGAGAGAGCCUAUUGGUUACUCAAACUACAGACCAGUUGCUCACCGUGAGGUCACCGAGAAGGUUGUUUAUGAGGAGGAUGUGAUUGGGGGAGAAGGGCGCCCCCACAUGCAUAACCACAACCACCACCACCACCACCCUGAGACCCGUGAGAGAGUGAAGGUGGUGGAGUACGAGGAAGUUCCUGAGAGGCGCAUGGGUGAAGUUGUGUACGAAGAGAGUAAAAACAAAAUGAUCAGAUCAGGGGAGUACUAUUCAGAAGUUGAGAAGGAGUCUAGAACUGUUGAAUACCCUAAUGAUGCUCCUCUGUCCUUCAAGAAGGUUGUUUAUGAGGAAAAAGAGGUUGAGAAACCCCACCACCACCACCACCUCUUCCACAGGCACCACCAGCAACCAGAGACUCGUGAGACUGUGAAGGUUGUAGAGUAUGAGCAAGUUCCCGAGAGGCGUGUUGGAGAAGUUGUGUACGAAGAGAACAGGACAGUGUGGCCUUGA